UCAGUAAGACUCCUGCGAUCUUCACAUUCACACACCAAUUCAGACACACACAAACAGUCAGCAGCUUCAUUAGGCUUACCAUGACAGUCUUGUCUAACUUCUGAUUCAAAAAGGAGGCAGGGACACAAACACACCACACACAGCAGGCGCAGCCAUAUGGGAAACUGCCACUGUGCAACAUACUGAUAAGUCACUACAGAGAAACUGCCGAUCUGGGACCAGCUGGAAGGACGAAAUGGGUGUGUGGGCAGCUCUGAUUCUGGCCUUGCAGCUGCUAUUAAAAUUGAGCUUACGCGUGAAGGCCCAGGCUUUAGUCUAUGAUCUGCUCACCUCGCCUGAUUGCCUGCCAGACCUGCUGCAGGGAGGUCUGGCUGAGCAAGGGGUGAAUGAGGCUUUCAUCCUAACCUCCUUCAAGUUGCAGCCCAAGACCGGAACCACGGUGUUUACCCUGUACAACCCCAGGGACAACAGCAAAUACUUUGAAUUCACUGUGAUGGGGAAGCUUAAUAGAGCUGUGUUACGCUACUUGCGGAGUGACAAGAGGACGAGCUCAGUAACCUUCAACAACCUGGUGCUGGCAGACGGCCAACAACACAGACUGUUGUUCCACCUGAAGGGGAUGCAACAGCAGGGGCCGGGCGGGGUCGAGCUGCAUCUGGACUGCAGGCUGGUGGAGACGGUCCGGGAUCUCCCUGCUGCUUUCCAGGGUUUGCCAGCAGGCUAUGGUCUGGUGGAGCUAAAGACCAUGCAAGCCAGAGAGCAGGAGACUUUAGAUGAGCUCAAGUUGGUGGUUGGGGACACAUUUGAGAAUGUUGCUUCAUUACAAGACUGCCAUCUCCAACAAAGAGACUCUGUCCAAACUCUGGGGGUCAACACGAAGCAGCUGUCCAAUCAAAUGCUGGAGUUAACCAAGGUGAUAAAUGAGCUGAGAGACGUCCUCAUUCAGCAGGUCAAAGAGACCUCCUUUCUAAGAAACACCAUCUCAGAGUGUCAGGCCUGCGGUCUAGGUGGUACUGAGGUGGUGAAACCAAAGUGUGCCCCAGGUGUCUGUUUCCGUGAAGAUAUGUGCAUAGAGACAGCGGAAGGUGUUGAAUGUGGACCUUGUCCUGAUGGGUACACCGGGGAUGGUUUCAACUGUGAUGAUGUGAAUGAGUGCCAGUUUAACCCCUGUUUCCCUGGAGUGAAGUGUGUAAACACUGCCCCAGGUUUCCGCUGUGACGCCUGUCCACUGGGCUACACCGGCCUAACAGUGGAGGGUGUGGGCAUUUUGUUCGCCCAGACCAACAAACAGGUCUGUGACGACAUUGACGAAUGCAAAGGACCCAACAAUGGAGGCUGCACUGCAAACUCAAUAUGUCAUAACUCUGUGGGCUCUUUCUACUGCGGAAGCUGUAAGUCAGGUUUCACAGGAGAUCCGGUCAAAGGCUGUAAGCCAGAGAUCAGCUGCGGCAAUAGCCUGACCAACCCCUGCGAUAUCAACGCCCAGUGUAUAGCAGAGAGGGACGGGUCAAUCCAUUGUCAGUGUGGAAUUGGCUGGGCUGGUAACGGAUACUUGUGUGGGAAGGAUACCGACAUUGACGGAUACCCAGAUGACAAACUCAAAUGCAAAGAUUCGAGCUGUAAAAAGGAUAACUGCAUCUUCGUUCCUAACUCCGGUCAAGAGGAUUCCGACAGGGAUGGUCAGGGAGACGCCUGUGAUGACGAUGCAGACGGUGACGGUAUACUAAACGAACAGGACAACUGCUGGUUGAAGGCCAACGUGGACCAGAGGAACAGUGAUAAGGACAGCCACGGUGACGCCUGUGAUAACUGUCGCACUGUGGAGAACCCUGACCAGAAGGACACCGACAGCGACGGCAAAGGGGACGCCUGUGAUGACGACAUGGAUGGAGACGGCCUGAAGAACUUUCUGGACAACUGCCAGCUUGUCCAAAACAGAGACCAGCUGGACCGGGACGGAGACGGAGUGGGAGACGCCUGUGACAGCUGCCCCGACAUCCCCAACCCAAACCAGUCUGAUAUUGACAAUGACCUGGUUGGAGACUCCUGUGACACAAAUCAAGACAGUGAUGGCGACGGUCACCAGGACACCAAGGAUAAUUGCCCGUUCGUGAUAAAUAGCUCCCAGCUGGACACGGACAAAGACGGGCAGGGUGACGAAUGUGACGAUGACGACGACAACGAUGGGAUCCCCGACACCAUACCACCGGGACCAGACAACUGUCGGCUGGUACCAAACCCUGACCAGAUUGACGACAAUGAUGAUGGAGUUGGAGACUUGUGCGAGUCUGACUUUGACCAGGACAAAGUGAUUGACAGGAUCGACAACUGUCCUGAGAAUGCUGAGGUUACCUUGACUGACUUCAGGGCUUAUCAAACGGUGGUGCUGGACCCUGAGGGCGACGCCCAGAUUGACCCCAACUGGGUCGUUUUGAACCAGGGAAUGGAAAUUGUUCAGACCAUGAACAGUGACCCAGGACUGGCUGUUGGUUACACUGCUUUCAGCGGAGUGGACUUUGAGGGCACAUUUCACGUGAAUACAGUGACUGACGAUGACUACGCUGGCUUCAUCUUUGGCUACCAGGAUUCGUCCUCCUUCUACGUGGUGAUGUGGAAGCAGACUGAGCAGACCUACUGGCAGGCAACACCCUUCAGAGCUGUGGCCGAGCCCGGCAUCCAGCUUAAGGCUGUGAAGUCUAGAUCGGGCCCCGGGGAGCACUUGAGAAACUCACUGUGGCACACGGGAGACACCAACGACCAGGUGCGUCUGCUGUGGAAGGACCCGAGAAAUGUAGGCUGGAAGGACAAGGUGUCCUACCGUUGGUACCUGCAGCACCGUCCACAAGUUGGAUACAUCAGGGCGCGGUUUUAUGAAGGAACUGAGCUGGUGGCAGACUCUGGUGUAACUAUUGACACGACAAUGAGGGGAGGACGACUUGGUGUGUUCUGUUUCUCUCAAGAAAAUAUCAUCUGGUCCAAUUUGAAAUAUCGCUGCAAUGACACCAUCCCAGAGGAUUUCCAGGAGUUCAGCACUCAGCAUGGUGUUGACUCACUCUAAAGUCAAGACAAAAAUAUGACACCAGAUCUCUAAAGACUGCCUCUGUGUGUGAAUGUGUGAGUAUGUGUGUGUGUGUGUGUGUGUGUGCGUGUUUAUCUGUGUAUUGAUGUGUACAGUUUCAGUGCAUAUGUGACCACAAUCUCGUACUGUAUGUGCAUAUUAUCACGUCCGUUUUCUUUUUCCAAUCAUGGCUUCUUAUUUAAUCAUCUCUUAAAGACUCCAGCUGAGCUUUUCAUGCUGAAUAUUGUAAGUUACGAUGAUUUCACUGAACAUGAUCCAACUUGACAUGACACAAGAAUAAAGAACCAUAGAAUAAUGGACAUUUUCCCAUACAGUUCCUAUAUAUAUCUUCAAAAUAAAGGGCACAUCAUCAUGAAAACUGCAUUUUGCCUCCAAACAGAGGAUUUUAGCUUAUGUGUAGCAUUAUAAACAUAUUACAACAUGUUACAACAACUACAAUAAAAGUUAUCGCUCUGGAUCAACCUCAUACUGACGUUCAUUAUGAUCACAAACCGGUUGUAUUUUUUAAACUAUCAGCGUGGUAUUUUUACUCCUUUUGUGGAGAGGAUACCAAGUUUUGUACGACUCACGUACUGUAGAAGAUUAACUUAAAGCUCGGUGUAACCAUGUUUUCUCUUUCCAUCAUUUGGUCUUUAAAUUCUUGAUCAUGUAAUAUCUUUCGAGUCAAGAACCUGGUCAAAAUAAAGGGCUUUAAAGUA